AGGUUUCUAGCUAUCAGUAUCUGUUGAGUUGCUGUCACAUUUUGAUUUCUGCCCUACACUGCCAUACACGUUUGUAUAAUAAAUUCACAAUCACCUCCUGUUUCAUUUUGACAACAAGCUUCUAAUAUUACGGAGUAAAUUUUUCCAGAACCAGAAACUCUCGUGGUCUCACCAACCGUAGUAGUAGAUCACCUUGCAUCUUCUCCUUGUCAACAGAGCGCGUUCCGAGAUUGAUUCCUUCUUGUCGAAGAACGAAGCAAACCAAAAAAAAAUGUCUCUGACUGGCACCGUGAAAUUUUUCAACGCCGAAAAAGGCUUUGGGUUUAUCCAGCCUUCGGACGGCGGAGACGAUGUGUUCGUCCACUACACCUCGAUCGAAAAAGAAGGGUUUAAGGCGCUGAACGAGGGCGAAACGGUUACCUACGAUACCCAGAUCGACGUAUGGAAUGCACAUAUGUCUGGGUCUGGAAGAGUGGAACUUGUAAUGCCGUCUGCGGAUUCGAAAAAUAUCUGUGGUGCAUGGGCAGCAAGAGGACGAGUCAGUUCUUGGCACGCCGAGAGGGCAUUUCUCAUGCGUAAUUAGCAUCAAGAAGCUCUCAAAAGAUCUGUGAUGCUAGCACCAGCAUUACAGACCUCAUGGGUCAUGCGAAAUGUGCAUGACAACGACAAGUCCUGACUCUUCUAGACCCAGACAUUUUUGCAGUUGAUACGACGAGGCCAAGGGCAAAACCGCGGCCAUCAACGUGCACGGAAACGGCGACGGGGUGCCGCGCAUGAGCAACAAGGGCGGAAAGGGGAAGGGCAAGGGAAAGGGAAAGGGGUUUGACAAGGGCGGAUUCGGGAAGAAGGGCGGUUUCGGGAAGGGCGGAUUUGAUAACGGAUUCGGGAAGGGAGGUUUCGGAAUGGACAAGGGAUUUGGGGGCGGCUUCGACAAGGGCUUCCAGCCGAAGGGCGGCUUCGACAAGGGCUUCAACCCGGGCUUCGGCGCCCCGCCGAUGAAGGGUGGCUUCCCGCCGAUGGACCCGGGCUUCGGCGGUCCGAUGUACUGA